AUGAGUCCUACCUAUGAGCAAAGUGCUGAAGUUUUAUGCAAACAUGGUAGUUUUUAUACAUGUUCAGAUCAUUAUAAUCCUGGUCAUUUGGUUCCUCAUAAAUGGGAGAAUUGCUUUACGUUGGAUAAAGAUUCAUGGGGAUAUCGGCGCACAGCAUCAUUAAAUGAUUACAUCACAAUACAAGAAUUAUUAAAAGAAGUUGUUACAACUGUAUCAACAGGAGGCAACGUAUUAAUUAAUACAGGUCCAACGGCAUACGGAAAAAUUGCACCCAUAAUGGAGGAACGAUUACGUCAAAUGGGUUCAUGGUUAAAUGUGAAUGGCGAAGCUAUCUAUAGCAGUGUACCAUGGAAAUAUCAAAAUGAUACUUUGAAUAAAGAUGUAUGGUAUACGACGUCUAAAGAUGGAAAAUUGGUCUAUGCGUCUUUGCUAGUUUGGCCCACUGAUUCAACAACAGUUUUAUUGGGUGCACCAAUACCGACUUGCAAUACAAAAGUAACCAUACUUGGCCGUGAAAAGGCAAUUAAUUGGCGUCCAUCUGAACAAACGAGUGGUAUUAUUUUGGAUAUAAGUGAUAUAAAAGCUUACUCUUUACCCAAUGAUUGGAUAUGGGUAUUCAAAUUGGAAAAUAUUGAUGUUAAAUAA